GCAGGCAGUCAUGCAGGGUUCAGUUUAGCCAGCGCAAAUGGGCGGUGUUUGUGUCCUGGAGAAGACUUGACCCACUAAAGUGUGUGUGUGUGUGCCCACCUGAGCACUAUCAUGGCURCACUGGCGUUUAAUUGUAAAAUCAUUCCGUGACGGCUGUUUUCGGAGCACUACGGGUCGCCUGUUGGUGGUGAUCCGACCCCGGCCUGCCUUAGCUGUUUGUCCGUUUUCAGCGUCUAGAUGCCUUGGCUGAGAUGAGUGUGAAGGCUUUUGAGCUUAUCCCCGCUGUGGAGCGAGACCUCCUCAUGGGCGACAAAGCUCGCAUCAACAUAGAGUGCAUCGAAUGCUGUGGGAAGCAUCUGUACGUGGGCACCAACGACUGCUUCAUCCACCACUUCCUGCUGGACGAGGUGGCUUCUUCCAAAGGCAAACUGACCUACUCGGCCCAGAAGCUGCUCCACAAAUACCUGGGCCUGAAGAAGCCGGUCGCUGAGCUGCGAGCCGCCUCCGCGCUGGAGCGCCUGAUAGUCCUUUGCGACGGGAUAGUGUUCCUCGUGGACAUGGUGACGCUGGAGUCUGUGCCGUCGGCGGCCGGGGGCGGAGUCAGAAUCAGGGGCGUGACUGCGUUCUGCAUAAACGAGAACCCGGUGAACGGGGAUCCGUUCUGCGUGGAAAUGGGCGUGCUCUCGUCCAAGAGGCGGACGGUUCAGGUCUACAUGGUGUGUGAGGACAGGGUGCAGCUGGUCAAGGAGGUGAACACGCCGGAGCAGCCCUGCGCCAUCAGCCUCGACGGCUACUUCCUGUGCUUGGCCCUCACCACGCAGUACAUGAUCCUGAACUACAACACGGGAGUCGCGCAGGACCUUUUCCCUUACAACAGCGAGGAGAGGAAACCCAUUGUGAAGAGGAUCAGCAGGGAGGAGUUCCUCCUUGCAGCUCCUGGUGGUCUGGGAAUGUUUGCCAACGCCGAGGGGGUGUCUCAGCGAGCUCCUGUCAGCUGGUCGGAGAGCGUGAUGGCCGCCGCCGUGUGUUUCCCGUACGUGUUGGCGUUGGACGAGAACUUCAUCACCGUCCACAGCAUGUUGGACCAGCAGCUGAAACAAACCCUUUCAUUCAGGGACGGACAGGUGCUCCAAGACUUCGAAGGGAAGGUCRUGCUGGCUUCCACCAAGGCUGUUUACGUUCUGGUUCCUGUGCCRCUGGAGAGACAGAUUCAGGACUUGUUGGCUGGUCACAGAGUGGAGGAAGCUCUCGUCCUCACAGAGGGAGCACAGAGAAAUAUUCCCAAAGACAAAUUUCAGAUUUUGCACAGAAGAAUCCUUCAGCAGGCAGGUUUUAUACAGUUUGGUCAGCUUCAGUUUCUGGAGGCUAAAGAACACUUCAGGAGAGGUCAGCUGGACGUGCGGGAGCUGAUUUCUCUCUACCCRUUACUCCUCCCGGUGUCGUCCACGUUCUCGCGCUGCCACCCUCCUCUGCACGAAUUCGCAGAUCUCAACCAUCUGGCUCAAGGUGACCAGGAGAAAGUGCUGCGGUGCAAAAGAUUCCUCAUCAGCUAUUUAGGAGAGGUAAGAAGCACGGAGGUGGUGAACGGCUGCAGGGAGGACGUGGACACGGCUCUGUUGAAACUCUACGCUGAACAGGAUCACGAGAGCCUUUUAGACCUGCUGGCUUCAGAUAACGCCUGCGUCCUGGCAGACAGCAUCCCCUGGCUGGAGAAAUAUCACAAAUAUUUUGCACUCGGGCUGCUCCAUCACAGUAACGGUCAGGAUUCAGCAGCGCUGCAGUUGUGGAUUCGUGUGGUGGACGGAGAGCUGCAGGACUUCACUCGAUCAGAUCUUUAUGAGUACAUCGUGGACUUCCUCUGCUGCUCCUCUAACCUGGAUCUCGUGUGGAAGUUUGCAGACUGGGCCCUGCGGAAGGAUCCCACCAUGGGCGUUCAAAUCUUCACCAAGAGGCCUGCGAGUAAAGAUCAGCCUGAACUGAACCCAGACGACGUGGUCGCCUACCUGGGAAAGCACAGCCAGGCGCUGCUUCUCUACCUGGAGYAUGUUGUGCUGGAGAAAAGAAUACAGAAAGAGAAGUUCCACACACACUUGGCCGUGUUGUACCUGGAGAAGGUCAUGUCGUUGCUGUCAGGUGAUGAAGACGAGCAGCUGGCCAAAGCCAGGGAGAAGCUGCAGGCCUUUCUCAGGGAGUCCAGCUUGUACCGCGUACAAUUCAUAUUAGGUAAAAUGGAGGGCUGUGAAGAACUGCUGCUAGAACGUGCAACGCUACACGGCAGGUUAGAGGAGCACGACAAGGCCCUGCACGUCCUGGUGCACAAACUCAGAGACUUCCGGUCGGCCGAGGCCUUCUGCCUGUGGGCCUCGUCGUGUCGGGACUCCGCCUACCAGCGGCGGCUGUUUCACCUGCUCCUCGCCGUGUACCUGGACAGGAGCGAGAACUCUCCCGCGGCGGGAGGGGGAGGCGACAGCGAGCUGGAAAUGGCGGCCGUGGAUCUCCUGAACCGGCACGGCGAGGCGUUCGACGCCGUCCGCGUCCUGCGAAUGCUCCCCGGGGGCUGGUCGCUGCAGCUGCUGAGGCCUUUUCUAAACCGAGCCGUCAGGGCGAGUACGCACGCCUGCCGCACCUCGCAGAUCGCACUGGGGCUCGCACGCUCGGAAAACCUUCAGGUGCUGCACGACCGGUUAAAAGAGGUUAAGAAGCCCAUCUUUGUGUCGGAGAAAAAAGGAUGCCACCUGUGCCACAACACCUUCAGCGAGCCGAACGUGGUCUGUCUGCCGGGAGGAGUGCCUGUCCACGCCCACUGUGUCGCGCAGAGAGUGAGAGACUCUCCCACCAAAAGACGCUUGACUAACAGCAGCAACCAGACGUGAGACCGGGCGUUUCGCGUUUGCCGUCCCGACGUGUGAGCGGAGCCGGAGGCGCCGAGCCUUUUCGGACGCCCGCGGGGAGGAGGAAGCUGCAGGACGAGCCGCGGAGUCGCCGGCUCCCGCAGCCGACUUUAAACGAGGAACGGAUCAUUUCAGCUAUUUAUUCAUGUGCCGAAGCUAAAACCGCCCGUCCCGUCUUCACUCACACACUUCAAACGGUUUUAAUAAAAAAGAAAAAGGUUUUUUUGAAUCCAGUCGCUAAUAUUUCUGAAGCAUGAAUUAAUACAGAAACCCAUUUUGUUCUUGUCUAUUCGGCUUGUAUUGUAAUAAAACUUGUCCUGACUUGCACAUUUGCACGUUAGGUUUUAUUGUGAAACACUAAAAAGACUCAUCAGGG